AUGGCUACCUCAAAGUCUUCCCCUGCUGUGAGGGGUGAUGGCGAAUUGACCUCCAGGCGCAACUCGCAUGCCGUAUCCAAUACAUCCGAAUCCGCACCUCAGACUCGUCGUCAGAGCCUUGCCGCCCUUUCUGACUCCCAAGGUGCCAUUGUCACGCCCCAAGAAACCCGCUCGAGCAGGAUCUCGACAACACAAUCAUCUCUAUCUAGCUCUCUUCAGAAUGCAAAAGGAACCAAGGACGCCAAAGCAUCGGUCAAGUCGGCUACUCCGAAUCCCACAUCCAACGCUGGUCUUGAUCCUUUGAGCAAGCAAAUCUACGAGAGAACUAACAGCACCCCCGCCGAACCUUCCAUUGCCCAACGACUUCGAAACCCAGGCCGGUCUGAUAAUACUUCAGCGGACAAUAUCCAAAGACAAGACUCCGAACUUAUUCAGUCGCAGGGCAACCUUCAGGAUUCUAGCAGAGAUCGACGGAAAGGACCAUCUUUCCUUAGCCGACUGGGAAUGCGCGGAAGCUGGAGGAAGGACGACGGCCUGCAGGACUCCGAUUCGGACGUUGGUGAACUGCGAACCGAUGGCACAUACGCCCGAGCCCUCACAUCUGUCAUCGGCGCUGGUGGAGGAUAUAUCCCCCUCUACAAGGAACCCCCUCGUUACAUCCGCGUCAAAGCGCACAACAAAAAGGACAAGGAAUUCAACCAUCUGUUCCUUGCCCAAGAGCUUAGCGCCACGAGUCGCAAACCCGGAGAGCCGCAUGGCCGUAUAACGACAGCAGUUGGGAGCAAGAUUCUCAAAGGGGGUGAUGCUAUCUGGGCUGCCGAGUUUAGCUUGGACGGACGAUACCUGGCCGUUGCAGGAAAGGACCAAAUCGUUCGUGUCUUUGCAGUCAUUUCUACUCCAGAGGAGCGGAAGGCUCACGAGGAAGAGGAGGCACUCGAUGGCACCGCUGGCGAGAAACUGAGCGCUCCCGUCUUCCGGACAAAGCCUAUCCGGGAGUUCCGUGGGCACAAGGGAGAAGUUCUGGCCCUGAGCUGGAGCAAGAACAACUUUUUACUUUCUUCGUCCAUGGACAAGGUGGUGAAGCUGUGGCAUAUGAGCAGAAGUGACUGUCUGUGCACAUUCGUUCACAAGGAUGUUGUCACAUCGAUAGCCUUUCACCCCACAGACGACCGCUUUUUCCUGGCUGGAUCCAUGGACGCGCAGCUACGGCUCUGGAGUAUCCCUGAUAGGAACGUUGCGUUCCAGGCUGCGGUUGGGGAGUUCAUUACAGCGGUUGCGUUUACUCCAGACGGCAAGACUGCUAUAUGUGGUGUCCUGAGCGGCUUGUGCACUUUCUAUGCCACCGAAGGCCUCAAGCUUCAGAACCAGAUCCAUGUGCGAUCCUCGCGCGGCAGGAAUGCCAAGGGUAGCAAGAUCACGGGCAUCCGGACGAUAACCAUACCAGAUGGCCCUGAGGCUGGAAGAGUCAAGAUCCUCAUUACAUCCAACGAUUCGCGGAUUCGAGUCUACCACCUCAACGACAAGGUCAUACAAGUUAAAUACAAGGGCCUUGAGUGUCAGUCAAGCCAGAUUCACGCGCGGUUCAGCGACGAUGCCCAGUAUGUCAUCUGCGGCAGUGAAGAUCGCAGGGCAUACAUCUGGAAGCUCUCUCAAGACGGUGAAAUCAGGGAUAAGCAGCCCUAUGAGUCUUUCGACGCUCAUCCAGAGGUUGUCACUGUUGCUUUGAUAGCCCCGAUGAAGAGCCGACAACUCCUGAGCGCCUCAGGAGACCCUGUUUACGAUCUGUGCAACCCGCCUCCGGUGACUCUGCGAAGCCUCGAAGAGAGCACACACAGCCAGUCCGGCUUGUCCGAGGAAGACCAGGGUGACUCGCUGUCCAGUACCAAACGGCCCGAGGAGAGCCCCGCGUACAUUGAGCGUUCGAGGCACCUUGAUGGGAAUAUCAUUGUCACCACUGAUAGGACGGGGAAGAUCAAGGUGUUUCGGCAGGACUGCGCCUACCACAAGCGGCAGCAAGGAUUAUGGGAGACGGGUUCCAAGCUCUCCAACCGUCUGUCAGGUGUCGGUAGGAGCAGUAGUAUCAUGUCGAGGACUACUGCCAGCAGUCGUGUUCACUCAAGGCGUGGUUCACUCAACCUUGCUGGACCCAACCCGGCCCAACUCCAGCACGCUACUGAUAUGAUCAACAACUGGCGGCAGGAUAUUGACGGAGGCAGGAAUAACUGGAAUGCCACACCGACGCGAAGCGAGCGAUCGAUGUCACCCAACAAGCCGAGCAGAUCGCCGGUCAAUACUUCAGCAGCCAAUCUUGCAUCAGAAGCAAGAAGGCAGCCUUAUAUGUCGAGUCCAGCCGCCCGCAGCCAGAACCCAUCAAGCCCAAUGGCCCGCAGCCAGAUUCCUACAAGCCCGGUCAGUCGAAAUCAGAACCCCGCGAGCCCGACAGGUAGUACUGCGUCGAACCGCACCACCAUCAGAGCCUCGAGGGAUCGGGAUCGAGAUCGGAAUAGGAACACAAUCACGAGUCCGCCAACACCCAGUUUCAGCCUGAUUCCCGCAUCUGAAUCGGAUAACAAGGAUGACAAGGGUGACGGUGGCUUUUGGAACCGAUGGAGAGGAGGUCGCGGAGGACUACGAUAUUCGACAGGGUUCAGCUCGCCAUCGAGUCCUAACGGUACUCAGACUCAAGGCCAUACUCGCUCAGGAAGCGAGUUUUUGAGUGUCAGAGGGGAUAGGUCAACUCCCCGAAUGAGUCUGGGCAUUAGCGAUUUCCGACAACUUCGAGCCGAGAGCGUGGCUAACCGGCGUAAAUCAGCUGGGCCCAUGUUGACGUCGAGGCUCUCAUCAAAUGGCGACUUCAAGAGAGGGCUUGACGACCGAGUGGAAUCUCGAGACUAUCUGACACCGAGUAAGAAACGGGUGGACUCGGGGGUCGGCCGUAUUAGUGACGAGUCCGCAGAUUCCGUGGCCAAGCCGUCAUACUGA